AUGGAUAGUCUGCGUGCAGUCGAGAGCAAGUCAUCUCCAGUAGUUUUACAUAGGAUACGCAGGCAUUCUCAUACGGUGACAGGUGUACCUAUCCCAGGAAUCACAGCGGAUGGCAUCGGCUCGCCGACAGACCACGCUCACACUCCGCCGGGUGUGCUGACGAAAAUCGAUACGAUUCAGACGAAGAAAUCGUCGAUUGGCGGCAGCGGUGGCGGAGUCGUCGUCGCCACAUCAUCCAGCACAAGAAGAAUGAUCUGUAAGAACUGCAACAAGAAGAUCAAUUGUUGGUGUAAAAAAUGUACAUUAGAAAAGCUGAAAUUAUACUCACGAAGAGAGAAUCUAACACAACGAUAUGAGGAAAAGGAACGCCUUCAAGCUGAAGUUCUGGCUUUUAUCGAUCCGACGGAAUCCCUAAAAGAGCAGAUAUCAAUCAAAGAGGAAAGGCUAAUAAAGCUUCGAGUGCUCGUUGAAAAUGCCAAGAUGAGGAUUGCGAUGAAACAAAAUGAAAUUAAUAAACUUGACGCAACUCCACAAUCAAAGCCAUCUCAGUUUGAAGCUGUGUUCCAGUCUCAAACUAAUUAUCUAACAAAAGCUGCGGCUAAAAAAGAAGAGAAAGCAGCGAGAUUGGCGAAACUUGAAGAUGAAGUUGCCAAGAUACGACUUCAAUAUUGCAUCCAUGCUUGUCGGAUAUUCCCAGUUCAAGUUUAUGAUGUUAACGUGGAAAGUGUCGCGUUGAAGGCGAAUUCAAAGAACUGGGCGAUGGUAAACGAUUCAGAAUUGCAAAAAGGACUCAGAAUUGCUAUUCGAAACUCCUACAUCAACGACAAACUCCGCGCGAAACUCGCAAAUCAACUUUCCAACGGAACCAUCAGUCUCCCAUUGGAACUUCAUCCACCAUUCGCCGCCUUCACGAACACUCUUCAAUUGGUUCAUUUGUUGAGUGUCAUCUUCAAUUUCCGUCCGCCAGAAUCAGUUUCUCAUCACGACUUGUGCAUCCGUGAGAGAUGGACAAAGGAAUCGUUGAAUCGUGACUGGGUGACUCUCUGUGAUGCAGUCAUUUAUCUAUGUGUUUUCAUUGGAAUGCCACCGGGAAAACUGAAAUAUAUGGAUCCACAUCAUAAUCUGAUCGCAUUGGCGCCGUUUGUUGUCGACGACUACAACAAUAUCAAUAGAAUCGGGAGCCGCCCGAUGUGUGAUCUAUCCGAAGUACAUGCUAUCAUUGAAGCACAACGACCGGAAGACUGCUCCAAAAAGGACGAGCUCGACGAGUCCUGGACUUUUGUAGACUAUUAA